ACAACGUUUUGGGCUUGCUAUUAAUGUUCCGUCAUUCUGAAGGCCGCGAGAAAGGCUGCGCAGAAGAAAUCGCUGCCUCGCCGGACAAGGGAAUGUCAGCGUCUCAGUCUCAGUCACAGUCAAAGUGGCAAUGGGAGAACGCCAUCGCAGGCGCCGUAGCUGGCUUCGCCACCGUCGCUGCUACGCAUCCUUUGGAUGUCGUCCGAACUAGGUUUCAAGUUAACGAUGGCCGAGUCUCCAAUCUUCCAAUCUACAAGAAUACUGCCCAUGCUAUUUUUGCCAUUGCUCGCUUAGAGGGUUUGAAAGGGCUUUAUGCAGGCUUCUUUCCUUCAGUUCUUGGUUCAACAGUUUCAUGGGGUUUAUAUUUUUUCUUUUAUGGCAGAGCCAAACAAAGGUAUUCUAAGAACAGGGAUGAGAAGUUGAGCCCUGGUCUUCAUCUUGCAUCUGCUGCAGAAGCUGGAGCUUUAGUUUGCUUGUGUACGAAUCCCAUUUGGCUUGUAAAGACAAGGUUGCAGCUUCAGACUCCCCUGCAUCAAACUCAACGUUAUUCUGGGCUUUACGAUGCCUUGAAAACCAUAAUGAGAGAGGAAGGAUGGAGUGCACUUUAUAAAGGAAUUGUUCCUGCUCUUUUCCUGCAGGUUUCUCAUGGGGCUAUUCAGUUCACAGCAUAUGAGGAACUUCGAAAAGUUAUUGUUGAUUAUAAGUCUAAAGAAAGCAAAAGGAAUCAUAAAACUACAGAUGCUGAUCUGUUGAAUUCAGUCGAUUAUGCCAUGCUUGGGGGGUCUUCUAAAGUUGCUGCCAUUAUUUUGACAUACCCAUUUCAGGUUAUUCGAGCUCGGUUGCAGCAACGACCUGGUACAGAUGGAUUUCCGAAGUAUACGGAUAGCUGGCAUGUUAUGAAGGAAACUGCACGGUUUGAGGGUUUUCGAGGUUUUUACAAGGGCAUCACACCAAACCUUCUGAAAAAUGUUCCUGCAGCUUCAAUAACAUUUAUUGUGUAUGAGAAUGUCCUGAAAUUGCUGAAAUUGACAAGAAGGAAUGACUAGCUUUGUCUGAUUCUCAAUUUUGUUCACAUUCUUUUUGUAGCUAGAGUCAAUCACAAGUAAAUUGUGGUUGAAAAAGACAAGGAUUACAGUGCAUAUGAGUCUCACAGAAUUAUGUAACAAUUAUCCACAUAUGCUUACCUUCAUUUUGUUUUUGACAUUAAACAGUGGAUUGCUUGUGGGUUCUUCAGUGGAAAUAGAGGAAAAAUGAUAUAAUCAUUCUUUUUUGGGAAUAA